AUGCAAAACAAGAGAAGGAAAUUAGAUAUCCCAAUUGUGAUCAUAGAUAUCAGUAGUAGUAGUGAAGAAGAAGAAGAUGAUGAUGAUGAUGAUGAUGUUGAUUAUAUUGAUAAUUAUAACACUUCUAGUGAUGAUGAUGAUGAUGAUGAUAGUUGUGAUAAUACGAAUUCGAAGAGGAAGAAAAUGAGUUUUUCUAAUAGUAGGAAGAAAGGGGAGUCCAAAAUGUGUCAUCAGUGUCAGAGGUACCCUGGGAUGCUAGAGGAGGACUUUUUAAAAGCUUGCCCUGUAUGUCGUAACUUUUGCAACUGCAUAGCAUGUUUGCGGUUAGAUGGGACAGCAAAACAUUUGAUGAAUGUAGAAGUGAAGUUCAGUGAUGAAGAAAAACUCGAGUGCUCUAAGCACAUUGUACGAGCACUUUUGCCUGCUUUGGAACAACUUAAUACCGAGCAAAUGAUUGAAAAGCAAAUUGAGUAUCAGAUUCAAGCAUUGCCAGAUUCGGAGGUUAAAAUACCCAAAGCAAAAUACGAGAAGGACGAGUGUAUUUAUUGCAACUAUUGCAGUGCAUUUAUUGUUGAUUUUCACCGGAGGUGUUCUAGUUGUUCCUAUGAACUUUGCCUUACUUGUUGCAAAGAAUUAAGGAAUGACAACUUGCAAGCAGAUGCAUCUGAAGUGAGGAUGCAAUAUAUUUACAAUGGACUGGAUUAUUUGCAUGGUAAAGGUUGUAGCGUAACUUCAGUCAAGAAUGGAACUUGUGGUGGAACGACUAAAGUUAAAAUAAGGGAUCAAACUAAGGUGGCGAUGACAUCUAAAUGGAAAUCCGUGGAAAAUGGUGCCAUUCCUUGCCCACCCAAAGAUAUGGGAGGCUGUAGUAACGGAACAUUAAAUUUGAGAUGUAUAUUUUCUGAGAAUUGGAUAUCGCAGCUGUUACUCAAAGCUAAAGAAAUAUCUCAAAAAUGUAAAGUGAAGGAAAUGUAUAAUGAUUCAGAACUGCACUACUCCUGUUCAAAAUCUAAGGGUGAAAAUGGUACUUAUGGUGGCAAGCUACGUAAGGCAGCUGCUCGGGAAAGUUCUGAUGAUAACUAUGUAUUCUGUCCAGCAGCUGUGGAUACUCGGCGUGCAAAUUUGAGGCAUUUUCGUCUAUAUUUAGCUAAGGGUGAACCAGUUGUUGUAACUAACGUCCAUGAUAAUGCGUUGGGAUUGAGCUGGGAACCUAUGGUAAUGUGGCGUGCUUGUCGACAAACCAAGAAGGCUACUGAUGUUUUAAAUUGCUUAAAUUGGUGUAAGUUGGAAAAGAACAUACACCAGUUUUUUAUAGGAUACACGGAGGGUCGCUUUGACAGUUACGGGUGGCCUCAACUCUUAAAGUUGAAUGACUGGCCGCCAUCAGGUCUAUUUGAUGAGCGGCUGCCGCGUCAUGGUGCUGAAUUUUCAAGUUGUUUACCUUUUAUGGAAUAUACACAUCCUCAAUAUGGCUAUCUCAAUCUUGCUCUAAGACUUCCUGAUAACUUCGUGAAGCCAGAUUUGGGGCCUAAGGCAUACAUUGCUUAUGGUUUUCCUAAGGAGCUUGGACGUGGAGACUCAGUCACCAAACUACACUAUGUUAUGACUGAUACGGUCAACAUGUUGAUGCACACUCAAGCAGUGGUCCCAACAGUUGAACAGCUCUCGGCCAUAGAGAAGUUGAAACAGAUUCACAAAGAGCAAGAUCAGAGGGAAUUUGAUAGGUCUGAAGGAUUUGAAGAAGCAGAUGGUGGUGCUCUAUGGGAUGUCUUUAGGAGGCAAGAUGUUCCUAAAUUGGAGGAAUAUCUCAGGAAACACUUCAGGGAAUUUAGGCACAUAUAUGGCUCACCGUUGCCGCAGGUUGUUCAUCCCAUUCUUGAUGAAACUUUCUACUUGAGCACAGAGCAUAAAAGGAGGCUAAAGGAAGAAUAUGGAAUUGAACCAUGGACAUUUGUUCAAAAAUUAGGUGAAGCUGUUUUUGUUCCUGCUGGAUGCCCUCAUCAAGUUAGAAAUUUAAAGUCCUGUAUCAAUGUCGCUGUUGAUUUUAUUUCUCCUGAAAAUGUGAAUGAGAGCAUCCGUUUGACUGAGGAGCUUCGCAAGCUUCCCAGAAAUCAUGAAGCUAGGGAAGACAAGUUGGGGGUAAAGAAAAUAAUUGUUCAUGCAAUGAGCCAAGCGGUGAAUCAAUUGGAGAAGACACUAUUGUAA